UCAAGAUGGCCGCCUUAGUCAGCCUGUUUGUCCUCAUCCUCACCACAACAUCAGUCUUUUCUCGCAUCCCUGAAGAAAAUGGAGAUAGUGAGGACAAGACAUGGAGGGGCGGAGGAGAAGAGGACGGAGGAGGAGGAGGAGGAGGAGGAGGAGGAGAAGAAGAGGAGAAUUCACUAGUGGCUCUUAUUUCUAAAGCGUCUUCAGAGGUGAACAAGGACCCCUCAAACUUAUCCCUCCUGGUGGUCCCUCAAAACACCACAUUACAAGGCCUUCCACCACACACCACCGCCACCACCACCGCACCAGACAACACGCCACAGCCCCUUGUGUCUUGCCUGAAGUGCCUGGAACCCAGCUGUCACACCCUCACCACCUGUCACAAUGCUAUCAAGUGUUGGAAGGCCCAGAUCAUGACAGACAGUGGUGAUGUGUUGAGUGACAGAGGGUGUGUGUCGAAGGCUGACCAUGUGUUGAUGCAGUGUAACAUUAAAGGCAAUCCAGAACGCUUCCUUGUCAUCGAGUGUUGCCAGUUCGACUACUGCAAUAAUGGCUCCCUCCCUGCACUGCCCUCCAUGAGCACUGGUGGUGGUGGUGACUCCCAGAUAAUGCGAGUGUUUCUGUGGCAUGUCCUUCCGAUCCUGGGCGUGGUGGUGGUGGCGGUGGUGGUGAUCCUGCUGCUGCGUCGAGCCCACCACCGCCGCAUGAGGGAAUAUGCCGCAGCCGCCACCUCCGCCCUGCCACUCCACCACAGCCUCUACCGCGAUGACUUCAGGGCCACAGCAGCGGGCGACUCCACUCUUAGGGAGAUCUUCAAUGACUCCAUCACGUCAGGCAGUGGCUCCGGCCUUCCUCUGCUCAUCCAGCGCACUCUAGCAAAGCAGAUCUGGCUGGCGGAAGUCAUUGGCAAGGGGCGGUAUGGUGAGGUGUGGUGUGGAGUGUGGCAGGGGGAGAAGGUUGCCGUCAAGAUAUUUUUCUCCCGCGAUGAGGCAUCCUGGGCCAGGGAGACAGAGAUCUACAGUACCGUCCUCCUCCGCCACGAAAACAUCUUAGGCUUUUAUGGCUCGGACAUGACAUCUCGUGGGUCCUGCACACAACUCUGGCUGGUUACGCACUACCAUCCACGGGGCUCCCUGUAUGAUUACCUCACCACGCACACCCUCGACCACACCAGUCUCGUCACCAUCGCCCUCUCCACCAUCAACGGACUCUUGCACCUUCACACGGAGAUCUUUGGGAGUCAGGGAAAGCCAGCCAUUGCUCACCGGGAUAUUAAGUCGAAGAAUAUACUGGUGAAGCUGAAUGGUGCCUGUGUAAUCGCUGACUUUGGCUUGGCAGUCAUGCACACACAGACCACCGGAGAGAUCAACAUCAGCAGCAAUCCCCGAGUCGGCACCAAGCGCUACAUGAGUCCGGAGGUGCUCAAUGAAACGAUCAACAUGAGCGUGUUUGAGUCGUUCCGUAAGGUGGACAUCUAUGCGCUGGGCCUGGUGCUGUGGGAGGUGUGUCGCCGCUACGUGUCCAAUGGCCUGGUGGACGACUACCGUGUGCCCUUCCAUGACCAGGUGCCCGGCGACCCCAGCUUUGAUGACAUGAAGAAGGUGGUGUGUGUGGAUCAGCAGCGCCCAAUGAUACCCAACAGGUGGACCAGUGACCCAGUUCUGGCAGGCAUGUCCAAGAUAAUAAGGGAAUGCUGGCACCAAAACCCCAAUGUGCGACUGACAGCUCUGAGGGUCAAGAAGUCCCUGAUGAAACUAGCACAGGAUGAGACCAAGAAUAAGAUCGACAUUGAGUACUGAAGGAGGCGGAGAAGAGGAGUGAAGAGGAAAGGAAAAAGAGGAGGCAGAGGAAGAUAGGAUGGUAUGAUGCUAUUUAUUGAAGCCUUCCUGUGUAUGUGUGUAUGUGUGUAGGGGUAGUUGUAGUAGUAGUAGUAGUAGUAGUAGUAGUAGUAGGGGUUGAUAUUUUAUUUGGGGAAAAAGAUUGGUAUAUUUUGUUAGUUUUUUGUUAUUAUUUUGCGUUCAUAGAAGGUUUAUUGAAGAAGGAGGAGGAGGAGGAGGAGGAGGAGAAGGAGGAGGAAGAAGAAGAAGAAAGGUGAUAGAAGAGUCCAGUUUGUGUCAUUGAAGGAAGGAAAAAGGAGAAGGAAGGAGGAGGAGGAGGAGGAAGAAAGGUGAUGCAAGAGUCCAUUUUAAGGAAGGAAGGAAGGAGGAGAAGGAGGAGGAGGAGGAGGAGGAAGAAAGGUGAUACAAGAGUCUAGACUGGCAUUGAAGGAAGGAAGGAGGGAUGGAAGGAAGGAAGGAAAGAAGGAAGGAAUAUGUGUGUUUAGUUUGUGAUGUUUAUGAAAAGAUUUUUACUGUUACGUUAAUGCUUAUUUUGGUGAUACGAUGACGUUACUUUGUUUAAUCUCUCUCUCUCUCUCUCUCUCUCUCUCUCUCUCUCUCUCUCUCUCUCUCUCUCUCUCUCUCUCUCUCUCUCUAAGUCAACCAUAGCAUAAGUUUAGCCUAAGAUUAUUAACUUGGAUAUAAAAACACACAAUUUUUACUACAAUUACCAAAUGUGUGUGGAAGCUGUGUUCUUUCUCUUUCUUCUUUUUUUUACAAGGAUAGGGAUAAAGAAAAUGUAUAUAGCUGUGAUUUUUCGUUUUUUUUUUUUUCUUUUUACAAGAAUAGGGAUAAAAAAUGUAUAUAGCUGAUUUUUUUUUUUUUUUUUUUUUUUUUUUUUUUUUUUACAAGGAUAGGGAUAAAAAAAAUGCUGUAAAUAGUGUGACGAUUUAUUUUUAUAACGUUUUUUGAGGCUUUCCGAGCAGCAGCAGCAGCAGCAGCAGACUUGUUGUAUUUUAUUGUAUUGUGUGAUAGAGACGAGGAGGAGGAGGAGGAGGAGGAGGAGGAUGGGAGUGGUGAUGAUGGUGAUAGUGGUGGUGGUGAAGGAUAAUGAAGGAAGAAUGUUAGAUGAUGAAAGGAAUAAAGGAAGUUGAUAAUGGUGAUGAUGAUGGUGGUGGUGGUGGUGGUGGUAAUGGUGAUGGCAGUGGUGAUGAGGGACAGUGAAAGAACGUUAGAUGAUGAAAGGUAUAAAGGAAGGUGGUGAUAUUGAUAGUGUGAUGACAAUGAUAAUGGUGAUGGUGAUUUUGAUGAAGGAUAGAAUGACAUGGUGAGGAUGAUAAGAGGAAGGAAGAAAAGUGGUGAUAAUGAUAGUAAGAGUGAUAACGAUGGUGGUGAUGGUGGUGAUGAUGAUGAUAGCAGUACUCAUGGUAGUCAUAAUGGUGAUGAUAGUGAUGAAAUUGAGUAAAGUCACCAUCACUAAAUGCUUUGAUGAAAUUUAAGGAUAGAAUGAAUGUGAAUAGUGAAUAACUAACACACACACACACACACACACACACACACACACACACACACACACACACACACACACACACACACACACA